UCACAAUUUGUAGGUAGUACAAGAACUGAAAAAUAAUUUUUGGUUGCCAGUAUACCUGUAGUCGUUGCACUGAUCAGUCGAUAGUUUUGUGAUAAAUUAUUUCUCAAGUGAAUUAAAUUAUUAACCAUGGGACGUGAUUCUAGAAAGGUUUCAAGAGAACUUCGGAGUUCUGAAAAAAUUAAUAAGUCGCGUUCAGUCAAAAGAAAGAAUGUUUUUAAUCCGAAAACAGCCGAACGUGAUGAAAGUAUUCAGAGUACAUCUUCUAAAAAAUUAAAACAAAACACUGAAGAUGAUGUACCUGAAGACAGCAGUACUGAAUUUCGAAUAAUAAAUUUUAUUCAGGUAUUCACUGCAAUUUCUGCUCUUAUAAAAUGUAAAAAAUGUGAUGGAAAUGUAGUGUUUCAAACAGCAAGUACACGUGGGCUGGGAUUCAAAAUUGUAGUUGCAUGUAAUAACUGUGGAAAUGAAUAUAUUCCUUCCUGUUCUUUCGUUGGGCAUUCUUAUGAAAUAAACAGACGUUUCAUUUUUGUAAUGAGAAUACUAGGAAUAGGAUACGAAGGAUUGUGCAAGUUUUGCGGCCUGAUGGACAUGCCGUCUUUUUUAGAUAAAUCUACGCAUACAAUUUUACUGAAACAGAUUUUGAAUUGUAGUAAAGCCGUCGCAGAAACCUUCAUGACGAAAGCUGUGAAUGAAGAAAAGCAAGCAAUGCCAACAACUGAAAAUGAAGAUAUAAAUCAUCUAACUGUAUCGGGAGAUGGAACCUGGCAAAAACGGGGAUAUACAUCGUCAUUUGGAGUUUCUUCUAUAAUUGGCUAUUUUACUGGAAAGAUUCUUGACAUAAACAUUAAAAGUGCAUAUUGUAAGCUAUGUGAGUAUUGGAAAAAAAAAACAAAUACUGUUGAGUUCGAGGAAUGGUAUCAAUCGCAUGAAGAUGUGUGUUCUGCUAAUCAUCAAGGGUCUUCUGGGAAAAUGGAGGUGGAUGCGAUGGUCGAAAUGUUUUCGUAUUCUGAAACUAAAUAUGGAGUUAAGUAUGCCAACUAUAUUGGUGAUGGUGACUCCAAGACCUAUUCAGGAAUUAUAAAAUCAGAUCCUUACGAAAAUACAACUGUAAAUAAAAAGGAAUGUAUAGGGCAUGUCCAAAAGCGGAUGGGGAGUCGAUUACGUACGCUGAAGAGUAAACAAAAAGGUCUUGGUGGUCGAGGUAAGCUCACAGGAAAAUUAAUAGACAAACUAACUGUGUACUAUGGUUUAGCAAUACGCCGGCAUUGUGAUUCUAUUGAAAAUAUGAAAUCUGCUAUAAUGGCAACCUUUUAUCACUACGGCUCGAGUGAUGAAAAACCGAAUCAUGAUAUGUGUCCAAAAGGCGAAGAAUCUUGGUGCUCUUACCAGCGCGCUGAAGCAAGAGGAGAGCUUGAUACCUUUUCUCACGAUUAUUCUCCUUUACCUUCUGAUGUUUUAAAAGCUAUCAAGCCUAUAUACGAAGAUCUUAGUAAUGAAAAUUUACUUUCAAGAUGUGUAGGUGGAUUCAAUCAGAAUAAUAAUGAAAGCUUUAACCAACUAGUAUGGAAAAUAUGCCCAAAAACGGACUUAAUUGUGGGCCUAAUUCUCAUCGGUAUGCAGAAAGAAUGGAUGCUGCACGUAUCAAAGUAGCAGAUAAGCGCGCUAAUGAUAACACCCGAGAAGGUCGAUUGCAACGUAGGCACCAGCAAAUCGAUAUUUUGGAAGCUGCUAUGUCGGCUGAAGAGCUAUUAUAUGGUCCAGGAAUAGAUGACUCAGUAUGAAUCUCCAAGGACUUAUGAUGAUCACCGCAAAGGACUUCGGGAGGAACGGGCUCUACAAAAACAGCGAUAACUUUUUGAAUUAUUAAUUUUUUUUUUUGAAAUUUUCGUGAAGUCAAAUCGAAACGUGUUCUAAUAAAGCUAUGUUUUUAUUUUUGUCAAAUAAAGUAAUUAACUACAAAAAAAAAAUUAUUGAAAAUCAUCAUUUUUUCAUACCCCUGAGUACCCCU